AGGGAGGACGCGCCAAUUCUCCUGCCCAAGCCUCGGCCCAACAAAAUGGCGUCGGCAUAGGCCUCGCUUUGUUUCCGUGGCUCUUGCAGCAGCAACAGCAGCAGAGGUAGCGGCCUCUGAGCUGAGAGGACGAUCCAGCACUAUCUGCGGUGACUAAGAUCCCAGUACUUUUCGUUCAGCCACUGGCGCCGAGGAGCGCAGAACGGUACCCAAGGGGUUGCCAAGCCAAGCGGCCGUCCGAGCCAAAAACAUGACCGCUGAGCCCAUGAGGUAAAACGCAAGCCCUUGUCACGGGCCCCGGCGUUCUGCUCCCGGGCGCCUUCCACUCGAGUGGGGUGUUUGCAAAGACGUGCGCUAGGUGCCCUAGGCCCGCGCGCGGCUUCGCGGUCAGCGGCAUCGUUUUCCCUCUAGUUGUGAGCGGCCAUUGAGUGCUAGGAAUCGAACCCGGGUCCUCUGGAAGAGCAACCAGUGCUCUUAACCGCUGAACCAUCUCUCCAGCUGGCGACAGCUGCUGCUGCUGCAGGGGUUUUAACUCUUCACGUCCUUGGCUUCCAGCAGCUUGUCAGAAGCUAUUUUAAGUACUCUGUUUCAGUGGGAACAAGUUGAGUACAUUGGUGCAGAAGCUUCAUGACUUCUUAGCACAGUCAUCAGAAGAAUCGGAGGAAACGUGUUCUUCUCCACGACUUGUCAUGAACCAGAGCCCAGAUAAAAUCUGUGGUUCUGGACUUACUUCUGAUAUGAUGGACAAUAACAAGGAAGAGGGAGCUAGCACCUCAGAAAAAUCCCGAUCUUCAGGUUCAUCAAGGUCAAAGAGGAAACCUUCAAUUGUGACAAAAUAUGUAGAAUCUGAUGAUGAAAAACCCACGGAUGAGAAUGUAAAUGAAAAAGCUGCUAGUGAGAAUUCAGAAAAUGACAUUACUAUGCAAAGCUUGCCAAAAGGUACAGUGAUUGUACAGCCAGAGCCAGUGCUGAAUGAAGACAAAGAUGAUUUUAAAGGGCCUGAAUUUAGAAGCAGAAGUAAAAUGAAAACUGAAAAUCUCAAAAAACGCGGAGAAGAUGGACUUCAUGGGAUCGUGAGCUGCACAGCUUGUGGACAGCAGGUCAAUCAUUUUCAAAAAGAUUCCAUUUAUAGACACCCUUCACUCAAAGUCCUCAUCUGUAAGAACUGCUUUAAGUAUUAUAUGAGUGACGAUAUUAGCCGUGACUCAGAUGGAAUGGAUGAACAAUGUAGAUGGUGUGCAGAAGGUGGGAACUUGAUUUGUUGUGACUUUUGUCAUAACGCCUUCUGUAAGAAAUGCAUCCUGCGCAACCUUGGUCGAAAGGAGUUGUCUACAAUAAUGGAUGAAAACAAUCAGUGGUAUUGCUAUAUUUGUCAACCAGAGCCUCUACUGGACUUGGUGACUGCGUGCAACAGCGUAUUUGAGAAUUUAGAACAGUUGUUGCAACAGAAUAAGAAGAAGAUAAAAGUUGACAGUGAAAAGACUAGUAAAGUCUGUGACCAAACAUCCAAAUUUUCUCCAAAGAAGAAUAGUUCUAGUUGUAAUGGAGAAGAAAAAAAGUUAGAGGAGUCCUGUUCGGGUUCUGUAAGCUCCACUUACUCUUACUCAGCACUAUCUGUGCCCAAAGAGAUGAUUAAGAAGACGACAAAACUGAUUGAGACUACAUCCAACAUGAACUCCAAUUACAUUAAGUUUCUAAAACAGGCAGCAGAUAAUUCAGAAAUGACUUCUGCUAUGAAGUUAUGUCAACUUAAGUCUUUUAAAUCUGUGUUGGAUGAUAUCAAGAAGGUUCAUCUUGCAUUAGAAGAAGAUUUGAAUUCAGAGAUCCAAGCUUUGGAUGAUGCACACAAAGAAAAAAAUACCAAAGAGCUUAAAAGCACAGAUGCUAAGUCUGAAACAAAAAUGGGAAAAGGGGAAAAAUCCUAUUCUACAGAAAAGAAAGAGUUUUUAAAGUUAGAUGCUAGAUCAUCAGUAAAGGCAAUAGAUGGUGAAGAGCAGAGAGCACACAAAAGUACUAGUGGGGAACAUAAGGGUUCAGGUAGGAAAGAUGGCUCUCAGUAUGAACCCACUAACACUCCUGAGGAUUUAGAUAUGGAUAUUGUGUCUGUUCCUUCCUCAGUUCCAGAAGACAUUUUUGAUAGCCUUGAGAGUGCUAUGGAAGUUCAGAGUUCAGCUGAUUAUCAAGGAGAUGGCAACAGUGGGACUGAGCCAGAACUGGAGAGCUCCUCUGUAAAAUUAAAUGUUUCUUCAAAAGACAGCAGAGGAAAUAUUAAGUCAAAAGUCACAGCGAAAGUAAGAAAAGAAUUAUUUGUUAAACUUACCCCAGUUUCCCUUUCUAAUUCCCCAAUUAAAGGUGUUGACUGUCAGGAAGUGUCACAAGAGAAGAAUGGUCGUAAAAGUUCUGGGGUGGCCCGCAGCUCAGAGAAAUGUAGACCCAGAGAGGAAAUUAGUGAUCAUGAAAACGAUGUCAAAAUACUUUUAGAAGACACCGAUCUCCGAAGAUCCCCACGUGUAAAAACUACACCUUUGAGGCGACAGACAGAAACCAAGCCUGCAAUGUCGAAUUCAGAUGAAGAAAGUAAUGGAACUAUGAAGGAGAAACAAAAGAUGUCAGGUCCAAUAAGAAAAAAGGAUAAGAGAAACUCCUCUGACUGUGCUACUGAUAACCCUAAACCUCAUAAGGUACCCAAAGCUAAGCAACCAGUGAUUGGGGAUCAGAAUUCCGAUUCUGAUGAAAUGCUAGCAGUCCUCAAAGAGGCAAGUCAGAUGGGGCAUAGUUCUUCCUCAGACACUGACAUUAAUGAGUCACAGAUGAAUCAUAAAGGUAAAACAAGGAAAGAUGAUAAUGGAAAAAGGAAACGGAAAAAUUCUACUUCUGGGUCAGAUUUUGACAGUAAAAAAGGACAAUCAAGUGAAACCUCUAUUAUCUCUAAAAAGAAACGCCAGAACUACUCAGAGUCCUCUAACUACGACUCAGAGUUAGAGCGAGAGAUCAAAACCAUGAGCAGAAUUGGGGCUGCCAGAAAAAGUGCUGCAGAUAAAAAAGAAGAGGACUCUUCUGAAGAUGAAAAACAAGGCAAAAAAGUAGUGCAUAGUGGAGGGCAUGAGAGGGCGAAGACAACACAAGAAGGGUCGUCUGCUGAUGACACUGGUGACACUGAAGGCAGGCGGGGAGGGAGUUGCUCCAUAGCAGGAGGUUCCGUUGAGAAAGUCAGGAGUGGAGUAGAAUUCCGAGAGAUGCUUUGCAAACCUGGUGUUUCCUCUGAUGGUGCUGAAAAGCCUUCGGUGAGAGAGGAGAAUGUGAAUUCCCCUGAAGACAAAAGAGCCUCUAAAACUAAAGAAAAGACUAAACAUCUGAGAACCAGACCAAGUAGAAAAUUAAAGAGCGGAUCAUCUGAUGGCGCUGAUAGAUUUCCAAAGAAAGAGCAGAGCGAUGAGUCUUCAGAAGGCGAAAAGAAGCAGAGCAGACAGAGACCUGGAACAAAAGGAAAGAAAGCUGCAGACUUAAAGGGAGAAACAGUGAAGCGAGAGCAGGAGUGUGAGUCUUCCUCUGAUGGGACCGAGAGAUUGCCGGAGGAAGAAGAAAUUGGUCCUUUUUCUAAAGGCAUAAAGCAAAGUAAAACUGACACAGCUGAUGGAGAAAAGAAAGGCAAAAAAUGGAAAGAUAAAUCAUGUGAGAAGAAGGAAGAAUUAUCUGAUAGUGUUGAUAAAUUGCCAGGAAAAGGGGAUAGUUGUGACUCUUCCGAAGAUAAGAAGACCAGGAAUAGAGUGUCUCUGAGAGAGAAGAAACGAUUCAGCUUGCCUGCAAAGAGUUCAGGGAAGAGGCCAGAGUGUUCAUCAUCAGAUACUGACAAGUCCUUGAAAGGAGAGGGUUGUGACUCCACUGAAAAGAGACCGAGAAGAAUUGACUUGAGAGAAAGAAGAAACUCCAAUUCAAAGAGAAACACCAAGGAUGUAAAGAGUGCUUCAUCCUCUUCUGAUGCUGAGGGAAGCUCAGAAGAUAAUAAAAAGCAGAAGAAACAAAGAACUUCAGCCAAAAAGAAGCCAGGCAAUACGAAGGAGAAAAAAAGAAACUCCUUAAGAGCAACUCCUAAAAGGAAGCAAGUAGACAUUACUUCUUCAUCUUCUGAUGUAGGGGAUGAUGAUCAGCAUUCUGCAGGCGAGGAAAGCAGCGAUGAACAGAAAAUCAAACCCGUGACUGAAAACCUAGUGCUGCCUCCACACACUGGAUUUUGUCAAUCUUCAGGAGAUGAAGCCUUAUCUAAAUCAGUGCCUGUCACAAUGGAUGAUGACGACGACGACAAUGAUCCUGAAAAUAGAAUUGCCAAGAAGAUGCUUUUAGAAGAAAUUAAAGCCAAUCUUUCCUCUGAUGAGGAUGGAUCUUCAGAUGAUGAACCUGAUGGAGGAGGGAAAAAAAGAAUUGGGAAACAGAGUGAAGAAUCUCCAGCAGAUGAUGCUGAACUCCGCAGAGAGCAGCUAGCCCUGAAUCCAGUCAACUCUGAAUCCGAUUCCGAUUCUGAAGAAUCUAAGAAGCCAAGAUAUAGACAUAGGCUUUUGAGGCAUAAACUGACUUUGAGUGAUGGAGAAUCUGGAGAAGAAAAAACUACAAAGCCUAAAGAGCAUAAAGAAGCCAAAGGAAGAAAUAGAAGGAAGGUGAGCAGUGAGGAUUCGGAAGACACUGACUUUCAGGAGUCAGGAGUUAGCGAAGAAGUCAGUGAAUCUGAGGAUGAACAGCGGCCUAGAACACGGUCUGCAAAGAAAGCAGAAUUGGAGGAAAAUCAGCGGAGUUAUAAACAGAAGAAGAAAAGACGGCGCAUUAAGGUUCAAGAGGAUUCCUCCAGUGAAAAUAAGAGCCAUUCUGAGGAAGAAAAAAAGGAAGGGGAUGAGGAGGAUGAGGAUGAGGAGGACGAAGAUGAGGAAGAUGAAAAUGAUGAUUCUAAGUCACCUGGAAAAGGCAGAAAGAAAAUUCGGAAGAUUCUUAAAGAUGAUAAACUAAGAACAGAAACACAGAAUGCCCUUAAAGAAGAGGAAGAAAGGCGAAAACGUAUUGCAGAGAGGGAACGUGAAAGAGAGAAAUUAAGAGAGGUGAUAGAAAUUGAGGAUGCUUCUCCUACUAAGUGUCCAAUAACAACCAAAUUGGUUUUAGAUGAAAAUGAAGAGACCAAAGAACCGUUAGUGCAGGUUCAUAGAAACAUGGUUAUAAAAUUGAAACCCCAUCAAGUAGAUGGUGUUCAGUUUAUGUGGGAUUGCUGCUGUGAGUCUGUGGAAAAGACAAAGAAAUCUCCAGGUUCAGGAUGCAUUCUUGCCCACUGCAUGGGCCUUGGUAAGACCCUCCAGGUGGUUAGUUUUCUUCACACAGUUCUUUUGUGUGACAAAUUGGAUUUCAGUACAGCUUUAGUGGUUUGUCCUCUUAACACUGCUUUGAAUUGGAUGAAUGAAUUUGAGAAGUGGCAGGAGGGAUUAAAUGAUGAUGAAAAACUUGAGGUAUCUGAGUUAGCAACUGUGAAACGUCCUCAGGAGAGAAGUUAUAUGCUACAGAGAUGGCAAGAAGAUGGUGGUGUUAUGAUCAUAGGCUAUGAAAUGUACAGAAACCUUGCUCAAGGAAGGAAUGUGAAGAGUCGGAAACUUAAAGACAUAUUUAAUAAAGCGUUAGUUGACCCAGGCCCUGAUUUUGUUGUUUGUGAUGAAGGCCAUAUUCUAAAAAAUGAAGCAUCUGCUGUUUCAAAAGCUAUGAACUCUAUAAAAUCAAGGAGGAGGAUUAUUUUAACAGGAACACCACUUCAAAAUAACCUAAUUGAAUAUCAUUGCAUGGUUAACUUUAUCAAGGAAAAUUUGCUUGGAUCCAUCAAGGAAUUCAGGAAUAGAUUUAUAAAUCCAAUCCAAAAUGGACAGUGUGCAGAUUCUACCAUGGUAGAUGUGAGAGUGAUGAAAAAACGUGCUCAUAUUCUCUAUGAGAUGUUAGCCGGAUGUGUUCAGAGGAAAGAUUACACCGCGUUAACAAAGUUCUUACCUCCAAAACAUGAGUAUGUGUUAGCUGUGAGAAUGACUGCUAUUCAGUGCAAGCUCUAUCAAUACUACUUAGAUCACUUAACAGGUGUGGGCAAUAGCACUGAAGGUGGACGAGGAAAGGCAGGUGCAAAGCUCUUUCAAGAUUUCCAGAUGUUAAGUAGAAUCUGGACUCAUCCUUGGUGUUUGCAACUGGACUAUAUUAGUAAAGAAAAUAAGGGUUAUUUUGAUGAAGAUAGUAUGGAUGAAUUUAUAGCUUCAGAUUCUGAUGAAACCUCUAAGAGUUUAAGCUCAGAUGAGUAUGUAAAAAAGAAGAAACCAAAGGGGAAGAAGGGGAAAAAGGACAGCAGCUCAAGCGGAAGUGGCAGUGACAACGAUGUUGAAGUCAUCAAAGUCUGGAAUUCAAGAUCUCGAGGAGGUGGAGAUGGCAAUGUGGAUGACACAGGAAAUAACCCUUCAGUUUCUCUGAAGCUAGAUGAAAGUAAAACUACUUCCACUUCUAACCCAAGUAGCCCAGCUCCAGAUUGGUACAAAGAUUUUGUUACAGAUACUGAUGCUGAGGUUUUAGAACAUUCUGGAAAAAUGGUGCUUCUUUUUGAAAUUCUUCGAAUGGCAGAAGAAAUUGGGGAUAAAGUUCUUGUUUUUAGCCAAUCGCUCAUAUCUCUGGACUUGAUUGAAGAUUUUCUUGAAUUGGCUAGUAGGGAGAAAACAGAAGAUAAAGAUAAACCUCUUAUUUAUAAAGGUGAAGGAAAGUGGAUCCGAAAUAUUGACUAUUACCGCUUGGAUGGUUCUACUAAUGCACAGUCAAGGAAGAAGUGGGCUGAAGAAUUUAAUGAUGAAACCAAUGUGAGAGGGCGAUUGUUUAUCAUUUCCACUAAAGCAGGAUCUCUUGGAAUUAACCUGGUAGCUGCUAAUAGAGUGAUUAUAUUUGAUGCUUCUUGGAAUCCAUCUUAUGACAUCCAGAGUAUAUUCAGAGUUUAUCGCUUUGGACAAACUAAGCCUGUUUAUGUAUAUAGGUUCUUAGCUCAGGGAACCAUGGAAGAUAAGAUUUAUGAUCGUCAGGUAACAAAGCAGUCACUGUCUUUCCGAGUUGUUGAUCAACAGCAGGUUGAGCGCCAUUUUACCAUGAAUGAGCUUACUGAACUUUAUACGUUUGAGCCAGACUUAUUAGAUGACCCUAAUUCAGAAAAGAAGAAGAAAAGGGAUACCCCCAUGCUGCCGAAGGAUACCAUACUUGCAGAACUUCUUCAGAUACAUAAAGAGCACAUUGUGGGCUAUCAUGAACAUGAUUCUCUUUUGGACCACAAAGAAGAAGAAGAACUGACUGAAGAAGAAAGAAAAGCAGCUUGGGCUGAAUAUGAAGCAGAAAAGAAGGGACUGACCAUGCGUUUCAACAUACCAACUGGGACCAAUUUACCCCCUGUCACUUUCACCUCUCAAACUCCUUAUAUUCCUUUCAAUUUGGGAGCCCUGUCCGCAAUGAGUAAUCAGCAGCUGGAGGACCUUAUUAAUCAAGGAAGAGAAAAAGUUGUAGAAGCCACGAACAGUAUGACAGCAGUGAGGAUUCAGCCUCUUGAAGACAUCAUUUCAACUGUAUGGAAAGAAAACAUGAAUCUCUCUGAGGCCCAAGUACAAGCACUAGCAUUAAGUAGACAAGCCAGCCAGGAGCUUGACGUGAAACGAAGAGAAGCAAUCUACAAUGAUGUAUUGACAAAGCAACAGAUGUUGAUCAACUGUGUUCAGCGAAUACUUAUGAAUAGACGACUCCAGCAGCAGUACAGUCAGCAGCAACAGCAACAAUUGACUUAUCAGCAAGCAACACUGAGUCACCUCAUGAUGCCAAAGCCUCCAAAUUUAAUCAUGACUCCUUCUAACUACCAGCAGAUUGAUAUGAGAGGAAUGUAUCAGUCAGUGGCUGGUGGUAUGCAGCCACCACCCUUACAGCGUGCACCGCCCCCCACAGUGAGAAGCAAAAAUCCAGGACCUUCCCCAGGGAAAUCAAUGUGAUUUUGCACUAAAAGUUUAAAGGAUUAUUAAAAUCAUAGAAAGAUCUUUUAUUUUUUUAGGAAUCAAUGACUUAACAGAACUCAACUGUAUAAAUAGUUUGGACCCCUUAAAUGCCAAUCUUCCAUAUUAGUUGAAAUUUUUUUUAACUAGGGCAUACCAUUUCUCUCUGACAUUUGUCAGUGAAGUUGCCUACAAUCUUCUUACACACAUUGAGUACAGAAGAUAUUUCAAAUUGUUUUCAGUGAAAACAAAUCCUUCCAUAACAGUAACAGUUCCACAGAUUUCCUCUCUAAAUUUUUAUGCCUGCUUUUAGCAACCAUGAAAUUGUCAUAAAAUUAAUGGAUUUAGAAAUUAAUAAAGAUUUAUAUAUCCGCUCUUUACAUAUAAAAACACAGCUGAGUUCUUAGAGUUGAUUCCUCAAGUUAUAAAAUACUUUUGUACUAAUUCCAUUUCUUGAUUAGAGUAAUUGAAAUGGUCUUAAUAUUCUUUUGACUGAAGUUUGAAACUGGGCUCCUACUAAAUAUUGUCUCUGUGAUUAAAAGUUAGAUCUCAGGCUUCUCUUAGACACAGAAGCGUGUGCAAUAUUCUUAAAUACUACUACUCUAAAGUUGGGGGAGCCUUGGCAGUUAUCUUAGCCUUAAGUACAGUCUAAGACGAGAAAAUUCCUUUUCUUAUUUAGUCUUUCUGCCAUUUUUAAUUUUCAGUUGUAUGUGCUGAAAUAACUACUGGUAAGAUUUCAGGGUUGUGAAUUAUCCUCUGCAUAUGAGUUUCCUGUCUCCUGGCACUAAUGGAAGUCCAAUCUGUCAGCCAUGGUGCCAGUGCUGGUGCUUCAUCCUGUUGCUGGCAGUGGGAUGCAAACUAAGAAAACCAAGUUAGAGCUCUUGAAAUUGUGGUUUUAGGCUCACACCCUGUUUUUAUAAACAACAUCAAAAUGGCAGAACCUUUGCUGACUUUAAGUUCAUCUGAGGAAUGUGCUUAAAUCCUCUCCAGUACUGUCAGUAUUGUGAAAGAAUUCCUCUUACAGAUAAGGAUCACUGGCAUCUCUGCUCUUCUUUGCACUCGUCACCCUCUUCCCUCUUCCAAGUUCCUUUAGAGUUUAGUCAAUUGUUUUCAAGUUUGAUCCCCCCACCCCGUUCACCCCGUUUUGAUCAGAGUUGGGUUUCCUUUCUUUUGAUUGUUCUUCCUCCUCUCCUUUCCCUCCUCUUCUUCCUCUUAGAUAAAGUUAUUUCACCUAAUACUCUUAAGAGAAUUUUUUUCUUUUCUAGAAAAAUCAGUAUAUUUCUUUUUCUAGAUCCAGGGUUGUUUAAAACAACCUAUAAUUUCACUUAUGUUCAAUCUGAUUGUUUUAAGUUUCUUCAAUAAGAAGAUUGUUUGACUAUGGGAGUCAACUCAUUAUGGCAAUAUCAGUUUUGAAAUCAUUAUGUAAAACAAGUAGUAGAAACAGCUAAAGAAAAGCUGGGUGGAGUGUUUGUUCUAGGCAUCACUGGACUUGAUGGAGAUUGAAUUGAACAUGAGCUUAAAACUUGUUAUUUGUUGUUUGGAUAAUAAAAGAUUUCCAUUUUUAUCUUGUAAGAACUAGUGGUUAAAGUACCCACACACACUGGGUUUUUGACCAAGAAUAAGUGAAGUGUGGUGGCUCUACUUUCCCAUGAUAAAACACACUCAUGAGCUCUAUGUAUUUUGAUAUUGUGCCAGCCAUAUAAGCAAGCUUAUUUAAUGGGGGGGGGGCAGAUGUGCGUUUACUUUGGAAGAAAUGAAAGAAGCAAGACUUGUGAGAUAAAUAUUUGAAAGCAGUAUGCUCUGGCCAACUGUUAUCAGAAUACUUUAAAACUGAUCUACUAGACAUGGGAAUUUUUAUAUGGUCUAAUUAUUUACUCAAAGGCAUAGAUGUGAAAAUUUUAGGCAACAUUAUAGUCCAUUUUCACAAUGGAUGAAGCUAUAACUUGAAAAAUAGUAAUUAGAAGGAUUAAUUGGAAAUUGGAAAGUUUGAGAUAGACCUUGGACCACUUGCAUACACUCUUCUCACUUGAUAUUUUAGCAACAUAAUAUAUGUACUUUGAGUAUAACAUCAAGUUUUAACAAAUAAAGACAAAAAAAAAUCACAUAAGAUACUAAAAGUCUCAUUUUAUAUUUGUUUUAGAUGUUUUAAAUAGUUGCAAUGGCUUAAAUGACGAUUUAAAAUGUUGCUUGUAAUACAGUUUUGCCUGCUAAAUUCUCCACAUUUUGUAACCUGUUUUCUUUCUUUGGGUGUAAAGCGUUUGGCCUAGAAUUGUGAUAUUGUAUAUGUUUUGUCCCGGUUGUAUAGUAAUGUUUCAGUCCAUCAUCCAGCUUUGGCUGCUAAAAUCAUACAGCUGUGAAGACUUGCCUUUAUUUCUGUUAGACUGCUUUUUGGUUCUGUAUUGAGUAUCUUAAGUACUGUAGAAAAGAUGUCACUUCUUCCUUUAAGGCUGUUUUGUAAUAUAUAUAUAAGGACUGGAAUUGUGUUUUUAAAGAAAAGCAUUCAAGUAUGACAAUAUACUAUCUGUGUUUUCACCAUUCAAAGUGCUGUUUAGUAGUUGAAACUUUAUUAAAUGACAUAAGUGACCAAAAUGUGUUGUGCUCUUUAUUUUAUUUUCACAGCUUUGAAAGAUCUGUGCACAUAUUGUUUCAUAGGAAAUGUAUAGCUUUUGAUGUCCUGUCUAAAGGUGGUUCUUUUGCACAUUUGGUCGUUUACUAUUUGGGAGGUCAAGAAGUUUGGUUUUUGAAUCUGUUAUAUACUAAAUUCUGUAAAAGGAGAUCUCUAACCUCAAAAAAAAAAAUUACAUACCAGGAAGACU